GACUUGAAUUUUUUUUACUGACGGUAAAGCGAAAACAGGAAGUCAAACGAACCGUAAAGGGGAGGAAACCGUAGAAGAAGAAUCACCCCUGGUAGUCAAUCGCAGCGGGCCAUUUGAAACCGUCAACAAACUCGUCUUUUUUUUCGAAUUUUCACCCUUUCGCACCUCUUCUAUCAUGCUAAACAAAGCCCCGAGACUCAAGCAAAGAGUCAAAUCAAAGACAAAGGGUAACGUUAACGUGAGGCCGGCGUCCGAAGCAAUGAUGGAGCUCGUCACUCUUCUUUUCCUGAACAACUUGGCCCAACAGGCGACGGCCAAAGCUUUUGAGGAGAAAUCCUCAACGAUCAGGGCUCAUCACGUCAAAGCAGUCGCCAAGAGGGUGCUGAAAAGUGCCAGAGGAUGAAGACCAUUCAUGCAUUUGUGAUCAUCAUUUCAGCCACCAUUUUCUUUUCUUUUCUUUUUUAAAAGGUGUUUUAUUGCCAUUUUCUUUGCCGAAGGAAAAUCUUUUUUUUCUUUUAAAUUUUGUAUAUUAUAACCAUAAAUUGACUCUUCAUAUUC